AUAUAUUUACAUUUUCUGAGCCUCUCUCCCAUGCAAACUAUUGACAGCAGCCCUAACACAUUAUCUGUCUCAUCCAUUAGGAGCUAGACUGCAAUUAGCCAACACAAAGAAGUGUGCUCAAACAUUCUCAGGUUGGAGCAGCCUGUGUUUACAUCUUCUCUCUGCCACCCUGUUUUUCUCCUUCCAACUCAUUUCCCUCGAUCGCGCUAUUCACCGCUUUGCAUAAUGAUCUGAACAAAUAUUUUGGUGCUUUUACCACCGAAAUGAGCCGCACUAUAAAUUAUUUAUUCCUAUGUCCAUCCUCAGCCUCCUUUUUGUAGCUCUCUCCUCUGCUUUCUCCACAGUGUCAUGUAGGCAGAAUGUAGAGCUGCAGUUAGCAGGGUUUGACCGGAGGGGGGUGCAGUUUGACAACCUCCCCUGCAUUCUCAGUGACUCCUCAAACUCCUCUUCAUCUCCCUAAAUGUUCUUUCACACAUGGUGCUGGCAGACACGCUCACAGCGCGCAGACUAUUUAAGCUACAGAAUAAUUAAUGCAGGAAAUGAUCACAGACACAGGAAUGAUUAAUUUCAAGCUGUGACCAACUGACAUGACUGAUUGUCUCUACCAGGUCGCCAGGCUUUUAAUACUCACGGCCAUUCAGGGAUAGCAUCCAUCACAGUGACCCUCACUCCUGCGGAGAGAUGCCAUCUGCCCUGUGCGCCGCGCUCUGUGUCACUAUGUGACAGGACACGGCUUGUCACUGCGCACCCCCGGGGGAUUCUGACAACUGGCCCAGACACUGCCUCUUGCUCUGCUGGAGGUCGUUGCCAUGGAGACAUGGGGUCAGCCAGACCCUGCUCAUCAGUGUUCAGAGAUGACCUGGCACGGAUGACUUCAGCUUUCAUCUAUCGGUGUCCAGGACAAAGAGUUUUAGCAGUGCUAGUUGACCCCACAAACACAUCCCUUGGUGACCGUACUCCCCUGCAUGUCCUCCCUGCUAUGUCCGCCUCUCCGUAUCCAUUCAGAUGGGGAAUGCACUGUGCACUGACUCCUCGACCAAACGGCCUUGCACGACUUCAUUCCCAACACCAACUGGAAAUACCUGGAAAAACACAAACACCAGUCACUGCUUGUCUCCUCACAGACACAGACAUCAUAUAUUGUGAGCCUCUUUGUGGGGUCAGUCCCAUCUCUGUGGCAGCUGCUCCAGGUAUCCAGCUCUACCUGCUGACAUUCCACUGCUCUGUGCCGCCCUGGCCCUAACUGGCCCUCUGCUUGGGUUUGAGCUUACUCUGAUGGAUGCCAAGGAAUUGCUCUCAUCC